GCUGCGUCCCGGGGUGAAAUCGCUGCGCGCAGUAGGACCGCGAGGGGAGCCGCGGUCGCCAUUUUGAAGCGGUUGUUGGGGGAAGCGGCGCGUGUGCUCCUGUGUGCCCGGCCCGGCCCCGCGCCCGCUCUCCAGACCGCUCUCCGAGCUCCGACCCUCCACCGCCGCAGCCAUUGCUGACCUUGCCAUGUCCGGAGGGGGCGUGAUCCGCGGCCCAGCCGGCAACAACGACUGCCGCAUCUACGUGGGGAACCUACCCCCCGACAUCCGCACCAAGGACAUAGAGGACGUUUUCUACAAGUACGGGGCCAUCCGCGACAUCGACCUCAAGAACCGCCGCGGGGGCCCACCGUUCGCCUUCGUCGAGUUUGAGGAUCCCAGGGACGCGGAGGACGCCGUCUACGGGCGGGACGGCUACGAUUACGAUGGGUAUCGCCUCCGCGUGGAGUUCCCUCGGAGCGGCCGGGGCACCGGCAGAGGCGGCGGCGGUGGCGGUGGGGGCGGAGCCCCCCGGGGCAGGUACGGCCCCCCGUCCCGGCGCUCGGAGUACAGAGUGAUCGUCUCGGGGCUGCCUCCAAGUGGAAGUUGGCAGGAUCUGAAGGAUCACAUGCGUGAGGCAGGUGAUGUAUGUUAUGCUGAUGUUUUCCGAGAUGGCACUGGUGUCGUGGAGUUUGUGCGGAAGGAAGAUAUGACCUACGCUGUGCGAAAGCUGGAUAACACUAAAUUUAGAUCGCAUGAGGGAGAAACUGCCUACAUCCGAGUUAAAGUUGAUGGCCCAAGAAGCCCAAGCUAUGGAAGAUCUCGGUCCCGCAGCCGUAGUCGUAGCAGGAGCCGUAGUCGAAGCAACAGCCGCAGCCGCAGUUAUUCCCCACGGAGGAGCAGAGGAUCUCCACGCUACUCUCCCCGCCACAGCAGAUCCCGAUCUCGUACAUAAAUGCUCACUAGCUCUGAUCUUUUUGUAGAAGCCCAUGUUGUACACAGUUCUCCUUUACUUAGUGCAGCCUCAUUUUAAUUUUUUUCCCCUUUUUUUCUUUUAAUUUUUUUUUCCCCUCUAUUUUUUUUUUUUUUCCCUUUUUUAAUUUUGGAAUUCCGACUGUUUUAUCCGAAUUGGCUGAAGUGUUGAAUUGCAUUCUUGUGUAAAAUCCCUCGUGAGUAUUUGCUCCUUCACAUCAGAACAUUCCCCUCACGUCUCUGGUAAAUUGUACUUUACUUGCUGUCAGUCAGGAUCGUUCUGGUUUAGUUCUAGCUGAACGCCAACACUCUCCGCCCCGUGGUGCCGCUGUGUAAAUGUCUCGGUGUUCAGCUGGGGAUGUUUGGGGUGUUUGUGGCUAACUUGUCUCUUCUGGGGGAAUCUUAUAUUUUAUCUUGCCUUUUCGUGUGUCUUUCUGUAGACAUAUCUGAAGAGAUGGAUUAAGAAUGCUUUGGAUUAAAGGAUUGUGGAGCACAUGUCAAUCAUUUUAGGAUUGUCAAAAGGAGGAUUGAGGAGGAUCAGAUCAAUAAUGGAGGCAAUGGUAUGACUCCAAGUGCUAUUGUCACAGAUGAACUUGGCAGUAUUGACCUUAUACCGAGAGACAGGUUAAUUGAGCACGUCACCUACGUGUGGCUUCAGGCACCUUGUUGUUCCUGCAGACUGCAAUUGCUCUGCUCUUUAAACCCUGGGGGGCAAUUGCGGCUCAACACUUGCUUUGGUAAUUCUCUAGUCCGGUCUAGGUUUUGUUGUUUCCUUGGGGGCUUUUUAUUUCAAAGGAAUAACCCCGGGUGGGACGGGGAGGGUGUGGGGUGGGAGUCCUCGGUUCACUUCGUCAGGCAGCAUUUGGUUACAAGUGUUGAUGUUACAUAGUUAUUUGUACACUUGCAGUAGCUGAAAGGGUGUUUUCAAUCCGAGUAUAAUAUCAAUACUGCUAAAAUCUGCAUGUCCUCUGUGUGACUGAUACAGCGUUGCCAUUUCAUUGCUUUAAAGUAGCAGAAUGAGAGCGAAAACCAACCGCACGGCAAACAAAAACAAAGGAAAUGACUAGAAAACCUAGUUGGGAGUGACUUUAAAUCUCAGCCCUGCCCCCUCAGCCUAAUUCUCAGUUGACUGCUGGGUCAGUUAAAGCUUCGGCCUCCGGCGGGGCGGGCGAGCCGCAGCUCAGGCACACGGCAGGUGGACGAUGGCUUCACCACUAAGAGUUUCCAGUCUCAAAACCACUUUUUGCGACCACAAAACCUGUAGCUCCCCGCCCAGGAGCGAUGAGUAUGUUGGCAUUUUCCGUUGAGGUGUUGUAAAUGAUGACAAAUGUUUCCUCCCGGUGGUUAAUUAACGUUCCUAAAGAAUUAAUCUGAGCAUCACCAUUCAGAAAACAAAAGCAAAGAGAGUUUGUUUUGGGGAAUUGAUAGUUAUCACUGUACAUCUGUGUUAACUGAUGGCAAACAUAACUCAUCAUUCCCCAGAAGCCUAUUUUUUCAUUACAGUAUCUAACUUUUUGCCUCCUCUUUUUUGGUUUUGCUGGUUAUAAAGGUUUGGAUUGGAGAGGGCUCACUGGAUCCCAAUCCUUGGAGCUGGAUCAUUGGAUUCAAAUCAUAAUGUGGAUAGGAUAGGGAGGCUGAAUUGCAAGGAUUCAUGGAGCGGGAUCAAAUUACCAGGAACAUAGGAGUGGAUUCCUGCCCCAACCAAACCGCAGUGGUGUGGAGCUUUGUUUUUUUACUCAUCUCAAUUGGCUAUUCCAAAGAUACUUUUUUUUGUGUUGCCUUUUUGUUGUUCCCAUUUUUGACGAGUGGAGCCCUUAAGAUGCACGCUGGAGUUUUUCAUGGUUUUUGGUAAAAGGAGCAGAGCGAGGACCUGGAGAGGUACGCUGGAGCCAUCUCCUUGGAAGGACUCAGCACGAGUAGAUGGUAAACACUGAAGGGGAAAAAGGGGGGGUUGUUUGAAAAAAAGUAAUACUUAAAGUAACUAAGUCAUUGCUCUAAAUUUAAAGACCAAAAUUGGAGUUAAAGAUUGAGUAGGCUUUCAAUUGGCUCUUGUCUCUUUCUUUCUUUCUUUCUUUUUUUUUUCCUUUCUUUGACAAAUAAAAUUUUUACAAAAACA